UUCUGUCAUUUUCAUCAGCAUAUCCGUAUUGUCAGGAUAUACUUCCCACAGGAAAGAACAAACAUUUGUAAAAUUACAUGUUUUUUAAACUGCCCUAUGACAUCUCUUUGAUCAAAGGUUUUUAAAUCGCAGUACAGCCAUCACGAUCGUUAUCGCGUCGUAGUGCGUAUGAAUACACGGUGAAGUGACAAUCAAUGUACUUCUGCCAAUUCUGCAGAUUGACUUGCACAACGAAAGAGAACGGUCAAGGGAAACGUUGAACCUACCUUGUAUUCAUAAGUAUUGAGCCAUAUUGUUCAAUUUUCGAAACUUAUUGGACAAACUUUAAGUGAAAUAUACUUGGAAACGGGACUGUCAAGAUGGAAUGUAUGAACCGUUUUCAAGUUUUGUGCUAUGAACAAGUUGACCGGCUGAAUAAAGUGAUGGAAGAUGUGAUUCCAAUACACGGUCGCGGUAAUUUUCCCACUCUGGACAUCAAGCUCAAGGAUUUAGUACAGGUUGUGAGGGACAAAUUGAAGACAGAAGGGGUAUGUGUUCGAGAUAUUCGUUUGAAUGGGGGUGCAGCUAGCUAUAUUUUCGGAACGGACUCUGUCCGUUCAUACAACGAUGUGGAUUUGAUUUUUGGUGUUGAUCUCUCCCAUGGCUCGAAUCACGCAGAGCUUCAGAAAAUUAAGAAUUGCGUUCUUGGUUGUCUCGUUGAUUUUCUCCCAGAUGGUGUGAAUAAAGAGAAAAUGAGCAGUUGCAGUCUAAAGGAAGCAUAUGUGCAGAAAAUGGUAAAAGUUUGCAAUGAGCACGGGGACAAAUGGAGCUUGAUUUCUCUUUCAAACAACAAGGGAAAGAAUGUGGAAUUGAAGUUUGUGGAUAAAAUGAAAAGACAGUUUGAAUUCAGUGUUGAUUCCUUUCAAGUUAUUUUGGAUAGCUUGCUGACCUUCUAUGAAAUUUCUUCUGCUCCAAUGAGUGAGAGAUUUUAUCCAACUGUUGUUGCAGAGAGUAUGUAUGGAGAUUUCUUGGAGGCAUGGCAUCAUUUAGACAAUAAGCUGAUUGCAACCAGAAAUCCAGAAGAAAUCCGAGGUGGGGGCCUGUUGAAGUAUUGCUGUCUUCUGACAAGAGGAUACAACCCAGCAGAAAACGUAGAUAUUCGUGCAAUGGAAAGGUACAUGUGUUCUAGAUUCUUCAUCGACUUCAGUGAUAUAAAUCAGCAACGCCAAAAGCUGGACGCUUACUUAAACAAUCAUUUCAGUGAUGAGGAGGACUUGAAACACGAGUAUUUAUUAACAUUAUAUCGUGUUGUGGAUGAAAGCACAAUCUGCCUUAUGGGACAUGAACGAAGACAAACUCUGAAUCUGAUUCACCAGUUGGCCUGCCAAGUUUACAUGGAACAAGAGCGUCGUGCCCAAAACAAGGUUUUGGAGAUGCAGCAAUUCGACCAGUUGAACAAUCUCACAAUAGACCAAGUGUUUUUCCAUGGUCCUUUUUCGGUCUCCAACGGCACUCAUUAUUACAACAUCAUGCCCAAUGUGUUUCAGAUGAAUGCCCCCUGCCCUCACUGUCCUCCGCCCCCAUUUCUGCAGUGCUCCUAAACGGUUAGAGGAAUGAAAAUUCGAAAAACGUGUGCAAGAAUAAAGUGCUUUUUUUGUGAAAUGAUCCAUAUUCUGAGUGUUUAGAAAGGGAAACUGUAAAUGUUUUGUAAGGAGCCUUGAAAAUGUUUUUUAAAAAAAAAACUGUGAUCUUCAAAUCUUUGAUUUUUAUCAGGGAUGUAUUUUCCAAUGAUCUUCAAAUAAUCGUGCGAAUCAUACCCAUUGUAUGAAUAUGAUAAGGAAUUUAAUCUCGUACAUGUAUGCAUGAUUUUUAAUCUACAGCACCUUUAGGUUUAUACCUGGUAGAGAAUCACAAUGUUUACCUGAUAACGUUUGUGUACUUUGAGCAAAGUAGCAAUAGAUAAAUAAUGGACUUUUUUGUAUGAAAUGGAACAUUGUGGAACAUUGAAUUGAUAAGUGUUUGUAGAAUGUGUUCAUGUACUUUUUGAAAUCCGAGUCAUGUUUUGAUUCUGUUAUGUUGGAAUGAACAACUGGAUGAUUUUUUUUUUUUUUGCUUCAUUUCAACGUGAUAUAUUUUUUUUUAAAAAAACAUAUAUUAUGCUUCACUUUAAUUGAUAAUUUUUUUGAAAAAAAAAAAGUUGAGGGGGAAAAAGUUCAUAUGAUGUACAAAUGAAAUCAUUUUCCAUAUAUAGGUGUUAUAAUUUAGGGAUUUUAAAAAAAGUAUUUUUGUAUAAAAUCAGCCAUUAUAUUUUUUCAUGAUCAGAUGAUUGCCUGAUAUGUUUGUGUGAUAAGAUUUUUUAAUCUGUGUGCCAAGAUCAAAAGGAAAAAAAUAACACAGCAUGUGAGAAGGUGCAAUGCACAGAGUUAGGAACGAAUAGGCAGCAACUAUUUUCCAAAGUAAACCUGUAGCAAUGGUACAUAUUUAUCACCACAUACUAAUUAACAGUUCAUCUAAAAAAUUAUACAGAACAUGUGAUUUCAGUUCCAUCAUUGUUAUAGGGAAAAGCAUUUGAUUGUCAUAUCAAAGGUAUGCAAGUUUUUGCUCCUGUAUUUACUUAUUACAACCUGAUGUAUUGGAUGUGUAAUCAAAAGACGUAGAGGAAAGAUAUGGCAAAAAUGGUGCACAUUGUUUAUUGUGCGUGUGUCAUGUGACCAUAGCACCUGUGAUGUAGAACGUUUGACUAUGUGAUACAUAGUUUGUUUAAAAAAAUUCUAUGGUUGCUCCCUAUUUUUUGGAAAUACUUGCAAUUUUUGUUACAUAUUGUUAUUGUUAUAUACUAUUAGCAUGACAUUAUUGUUAAUGUUUUUUUUUUUUUUAAAUUCUAGAUUUGCAUUUGUAAAUUUGUUUAAUUGAAACCACAACACAUUAUGAAUUUACUGGGACCAGAUAUUAUCAUAUUAAUUUACUAAUUAAUACUAUGUAAUUGUGUAAUAUAUCCAUAAAAUCCUUUUUUUUAAUGACAAGAAAAAAUGCGAAGUUUGAAAAGGAACAAAAAAUUAUUUUUUUAUUAAUUUUAAUCAAUAAAUGGUUAGUCUUCAUUUAUGGUAAAUUUGCUUUGAAUUCUCUAGCUAUUUUAAAAAAUUGAAUUAAAUAAAUGCCUUCAUCUUAUACAUAAUAAUAUUAAGAACAGCUAUCACUUUAUUUGAAGGGGGGGGGGGGGGAGGGUGCCAUGGAGGGGAAGAGAUAAGUUUGUUUAAGAUAUGUCAUUCAGGACUAUUUGCAUGUGACAUAUCCUUGCAAAAUUUGUUUCAAUGAGAGGGCAGGCUAACCAAAGAUUUUUGUUUUCUUAACAUAUAUUAAAUUUGAAAUUCAUCAAACGUGUUAAAACCACAUGUAUUCAUUUGUAGACUGUUUUAAUUAAUAGAGAGGGAGCAUAAAGCUUUUCUAAUCAAGUUGUGGACUCUGAGUAGAGGGGGCAAGAUAUACAUGUGCGUAACUGUCAUAAUAAAAAUUAUUUUCCUCAUCUCAUUGUUAUAAAAAGAUUUCAGUUAAUAAAAUGCCUGCAUAAUUUAAUAAAUUAAGAUGUACUUACAUUGUAAUUUGUUAUUUAUUCUAAAGAAAAAUGUAAAUGAAGACAUUUGGCAAAUGUUGACAUACAUUGUGUACGUUCUUAAAUUUACAAGCUGUCCUUUUAUUUUUUGAUUAAGGAAAUAAAAUUUAUUCAUCAGUUACUCUAAUUUCAGAGAUUUAUUUAUUUAAUUUUUUUGUUGUAGCAUUAAAACUAUCUGUGAUCAUACAAGUAAAAAUAGAAUAAAGAAAAGCUAAGGGUGGGUUAUCAGCAAUGAUCAUUUUGUUUUGUAUCGAUCAUUUAAAAGAAUGGGGGAAAAAGAUUGUCAAAAAUCAUGUAAGAUAGCUGUGUAUUGCCAGCUGGUUUUGUCAGUGAAGAGAAAUAAAUUCUGGCAUUUUAUCUCCAUAGGGAUGGUUUGACAUAGCUAACACUUCAACAGGGGCCCUAAACAUCCAUCACAGUCUGACAGCCUAUGUCCCAAGGGCUCCUGAUUUAGACCUGUUAUAAGCUGUGCUCUAGUACAUUAUUCAAUCCAACAAGUAUAAUCCCCUUUCACAGAGAAGUGAAGGAAUGUUGUAAAAAUUGGUGUAAUCUAUGAAAGCUUAUCAACCAAUUACAGAUUAUUUCAUUAAGAGUUCUGUAAAAACUUGUAUAUUUGACCCAUGUGAUUUUUUAUUGGUCUGGCUGAUGUGUUAUUUUGGUAGGGACAUGAAAUGUACAGAAGAGUCCAAUUGUACAGAAUUAUUUAUAUAGGUCAUUGCUGAUUACCACUCCACAAAGUUUGUUUAAUCUUCGGCAACUUUCCAACUUCUGAUGAUUAACAAUAUGUUUAAAGUAGCAGAUUUUAGGGACACUGUGAACAAGCGAUAAGUAAAAUAAUGGUGAUUAUUUUCAUCCUGUGUUUUUUCUAGUUGACCUGUAAAUAUUUUUCUCACACAUUUUUUUUCCCUUUCUUAAUGUGUUGCAGGUCUCGUACGAUUUCAUUCGCUCAUAAUUUUUCAAGGGUUUGUUUUUCUCUGUCUCGGUUUUCAAUAGCCACAAUUUUCUAGUCGAACAUCAUUUGAUCAUUUCUCCAAUACUAUAAUAUGUUGUUCAAUAAGAAUGUCAUUAUAAACCAAAGCUUUCACUUAGAUUGAAAAGACAAGAGUAUGUACAUGUGUACAUUAUAUUUUUUUGUACUGUUCCAUGGGAAAUUUUAAGUCUUAUGAACUUAACAUACUUCUUUGGGACUUGGGUUAUUUUAUAAUAAACUUUUCUAUUUUAAAAAAAAAAAUGACUGAAUAAAAAGGAUUAAAAAAUAUAAAGAAUGCUUUAAAAAUUUCCCAGGGUAUAGUAUAUAUAGAUUUUUUUGUUCACAUUUUCAUUAUCAUACACAUGUAUUGAUUGCUACAAAAUGUAUUUGCUUGUCUGUUUCUAGAUCUUUUAACGAUGUAUACUAUAUCACAAAAUGGUAUAUAAAUAUAUAUAUGAUACAGUAUAUACAUGUAUGUGUAUAAUUUACAUAUUAUGUAUUAUUUACUUGUUAAAGACACUGAGUGUCAAAUUGUAUAUCAUAUUAUCAUGGCUUCAGCAACUGGAACUAAAUUGUAUUAUUUGGCAAAUUCCAGUAAACAAAUAAAAUAUUUUUU